AUGUUAACGAGAAAGAGAACAAUACCAGACUCAGCAUCAUCACAUGUUGAUGAUAAGGUGCUGGUUGGGCUUGUUCCACGAAAACUGGACGAUAACGACCUGCCAUUUUCAGAUUUUGAUACAGCUCCAACACUGUUACUGACGCAACUAAUCCACACUAUGUUGGAUAAGCGUUGUUCAAUUAUGUUACUUGAGUCUGACCUUGACUUCCAUGUAGUGGACAAAUACAAUCAACCAGUAGCUGCGUCUUUGAAAAUUUUCGUUAUCUUCCCCAUGGGCAUAAUAACAAUUCAGCAUAUCAACACUUCCGACCUGCGAUAA